UGAAGAAUUGGUUGCCCCUCCGCGCCCCUCCCUCUCCGCCUUUUGCGCGCUGUUACAGUUUCAGAUUCAGCGCCAGUCGCGAUCGCAACCUCCACCGGAUCCGCCCCGUAUGUUUGCGUUCUCCCCGUGAUUCGACUGAAUUUUUUUAGAUUUCAGUCGUCUAUAUUGUGUUUCGCUCCAAUGUUUUCUGAGUGAACGUGAACGAAUAAGUCAACUUCAAAAUGGCAUCACGCUUAAAGAAAUUAGCCGUUGCCAGCGGUGUUUUUGGAGCGAGUGCAUACGUCACAUCAUGUUUACUCUCGGGAGAGAACCCAUUUCAAGUUAGAACAGUUGCCGCUGCAGAGGGCAAAAAAUCCAUUCGAGCGAAGAGGCAUUUGCCUCCACGAGAUGAACAGAUCAAAUCCCUCCAGUCGGAAGAUUUUGAUGUUUUGAUCAUCGGAGGUGGUGCAACUGGAUCUGGUUGUGCUCUAGAUGCAGUCACAAGAGGUCUGAAGACUGCCCUUGUAGAAUAUGAUGAUUUUGCGUCUGGUACAAGUAGUAGAAGUACAAAAUUAAUCCAUGGUGGAGUUCGGUAUCUUCAGAAAGCAAUCAUGAACCUAGAUAUAGAGCAGUACAAAAUGGUCAAAGAAGCUUUACACGAGAGAUCCAGCAUGUUGGGAUCGGCACCUCAUCUCACUCAUCCCCUUCCCAUCAUGUUGCCAGUCUACACGUGGUGGCAAAUUCCGUACUAUUGGGUGGGAAUCAAGGCUUACGAUUUGGUUGCUGGAUCAAAAACAGUCAAAUCAUCGUACCAUUUGUCAAAGGCUAAUGCUUUAGAGCUAUUUCCCAUGUUGAGAGGUGAUGCCCUCAAAGGCGCUAUUGUGUAUUAUGAUGGUCAGCAAGAUGAUGCAAGAAUGUGUCUGGCAAUUGCAUUAACUGCUACGCGACAUGGUGCAACAGUAGCAAACCACGUUAAAGUAACAGGUUUGCUCAAGGAUGAGAAGGGUCAUUGUGCAGGUGCUCAUCUGCGGGAUGAGCUUACAGGCAAGGAGUGGGACGUAAAAGCUAAAUGUGUCAUCAAUGCAACGGGACCCUUCACCGAUUCUAUCAGAAAGAUGGACAACCCCACCGUACAAGAGAUCUGUGCACCAAGCUCUGGAGUCCACAUUGUCCUCCCUGGAUACUAUAGUCCGGAGCAGAUGGGAUUGUUAGAUCCUGCAACUUCAGAUGGACGAGUCAUUUUCUUCCUUCCAUGGUUGAAGUCUACAAUUGCUGGAACAACGGAUCUUCCUUGCGAUAUCACUCAUCAUCCCAAACCCACAGAAGAUGAAAUCAUGUUCAUCCUCAACGAAGUCAAGAAUUAUUUGAACCCAGAUGUUGAAGUCAGGAGAGGAGAUGUACUAUCUGCAUGGAGUGGAAUUCGGCCGUUGGUUUCGGACCCCAACAAAGGUGACACUCAGUCAAUCGCCAGGAAUCAUAUCAUUUACACAAGUCCAUCAAAGUUGAUCACUAUUGCUGGAGGAAAGUGGACCACUUACCGUUCAAUGGCUGAAGAAACAAUUGAUGAAGCUUUAAGAGUUGUACCUGAGCUGAAGCCAACACACAAAGAGUGCCAGACAGAUGGUUUGUUGAUUGAAGGAGCACACGGUUGGACACCGACUAUGUACAUCCGACUUGUACAAGAUUUUGGUUUAGAAUGUGAAGUCGCUCAACACUUGUCAAACUCAUACGGAGACCGUGCCUUUGCUGUAGCCAAACUUGCAUCAUUGACUGGUAAAAGAUGGCCCAUUAUUGGAAAGAAGAUUCACCCUGAGUUCCCAUACAUUGAUGCUGAGAUUAGGUAUGGAGUCCGCGAGUAUGCCAUGUCAGCUAUUGACAUGAUUGCUCGCAGGUUGCGACUGGCUUUCCUCAAUGUCCAAGCUGCGCAAGAGGCCCUUCCAGGAAUUAUUGAUAUCAUGGCUGAAGAACUCAAAUGGGAUGAGAAAGAGAAGAAGAGGCAAUACGAUGAAGCAACAAACUUUUUGGCAAAUGAAAUGGGUCAGUUAGUCAACCGAGCCUCUCGAGACAAGAUCCCAAUUAACCUGACGAAAGAAGAGAUUCAGAUGUACAUCAAGAGGUUCGGCAUCAUCGACAAAGAGAACAAAGGUUAUGUUUCCAUUAAUGAUAUUCGAAGAGGACUCAAGCACUUCGGGGAAGCUCAGGUGUCGGGCGAGGAACUUCACGAGAUUUUAAAAGAGAUCGAUACCAACAUGAAUGGCCAAGUUGAGCUAGACGAGUACUUGCAG